AUGGAAUCAAAAUCAAUUAACGUUACAGUACAGUUGAACAACACAAAUGGGACGUACACGUACAAACCGUUAGACGUCAUUCGCGGUAGAGUUUGUUUAAAAGUUCACAAAGAGAUCAAUGUUCAAGAAGUCACAGUCAAAUUUGAUGGUAUUUCAAUUUCACAAGUUUAUGUUACCGAGAAAAGAUACAAUCCCAAAACAAAGAAAAUUGAAACAAGGACUUAUAUCAGAAAGGAUUCUCAUAUAUUUGCUCAUGAUGGAUGCGUCAUUUUCCCACCUCCAAACGUUAGGAAUGUUAGUAAUAAUAAGGUGUUUACAUUAACACCAGGUGAAUAUAUUUAUGAUUUUGCUUUCAAACUUCCUUUGAGAAAUAUAUGUGCAUAUACAGGUACUGGGAGACGUAUCGCUGGCCAUAGUUACACAAUGUUACCUCCUUCAAUGGGCAUUUCAGAUAUUGGUAAGAUCAAUUAUCAAGUCAAAGUUAAAGUUAAAAGAGAUUCAUGGUUCAGGGCAGAUCCUCGAAUGCGCAAAGGUCUAAAUGUAACAAGUUUCGAUCCAAUCGAUGAUAUAAUUCGAUUUACUAGCCCAUUUGUUUUGCGUGGAUCCAUUGUGUUUUCAAAUAGAAUCCAUAAAAGAAUUGCAUUGAGUGAAAAACCAACAGGUCCAGAAUCGUAUGAGAUACCAAUUAGAGAAUCAUCGCUAAAGAAGUCAUCCCAUUUUAUUAAAUCAUUAUUUGGAAAUGAGGAUCCACCACCAAAAUUUGCUCAAGAGUUUGAUGUACCAUUUGUCUUUGAAGUUAGAUGUCCAAGUCAGUUUUUGAAGAUUAAUCAAGUGCCAGGGUUGAAAAUAUUUCUUACAUCUAAACAUGGACCUGAGAGAUAUAGAGGAAUUGAUGAUCAAGCAUCAGGACUAGGUCAGUUAAUAUUGAAAGAUUUUGGAAUAUAUUUGAUUGGUACUUAUACUGCCACUUCAGGAGUUCAUGUAACAACAUAUCAGAAAACAUAUAGAUUAACCUCAAAAAGAGAUCUUCCAAUGAUGUUAGAUUUGGCAAACUUGAAACCAAACCCUAUAUAUGGAACUACAUCAAAUUCUAAUCCGUUCCAAUUAGAGCUUCCAAUAUCACUUUAUGGAGAUGCAGUCGUCCCUGCUGAUAUAGAGCCAACGUUUGAAACAUGUAACCUCAAAAAAAACUAUAUGUUAAACAUACGGGCGAAAUUUAGAGAGGAUAAGAAAAGUUGGCAUAGCAAAAUGGUUGAAUUCUUCAGACCAGUCACUGUCUUAACUGGUGUCCCAGCUCCACAGGAAUAUAUUCAAAUGAAUCAUAUACCCCAUAGGUUGGCGCAACGGGUUUUAAAGACUUAUCCACCAGAAGUUUUUAAACAACCAGAAGAUUUCACUCCAUUAUACGAUGACACUACAGCUGCUCCUACUAGUUUGAGUAUUGAAGAGACUGAAUCACUUGAAAUGGAUGGAAAGCAAAAGCUUACUACAGAAAAUUUCUCUCAAGCUCAACAACCCGAAGAAAGCCUACCAACUUAUGGAUCAGCUACCCAAGAUCAGUAUAGGGGUAACAGGUAA